AUGAGUUGCGGCGACCUUUUCCAGGUAUUCAGUACACGGGCCAUUGUGCCCCGAGCCACACCAAGUGACCGGGCCACACGGCAUUCCCUGAGCCACCCUACUCCCAUCCGUAAACUGCUGGACUCCUAUGAGGAGCUGCGAGGUGGCCUGGGGCAUCAGCCCUUGAGAUCUUGUCUGAACAACAAACUCUGUGUGGAACCCGAGAGGCAGGAGGGUGCCAAGGGCUGCCGUGGCAAGAAGAAGAAGAAGGUGGUCUUUGCAGACAUGAAGGGCUUCUCUCUAACCGCAGUCCGGAUCUUCUCCAAGAUCGAGGAAGACCUGUGUGAUUUGCACCAUGCUCUGGCUAACCUGACCAGCUUCCGCAACAAGUAUCGGGGCUCCCGCCUUGAGAUGAGAAAGUACGUGCUGGACUUCUCCCAGCCUUCUGCUGACUAUUCGGCUUUUCGCAGUCGCCUACAGAGCAGUUUUGUUUCCUUGGAGAGCUGCCUGAUCCAAGAGAAGUCACUCUCCGGGACUAUCAAAGUCAGAAACAUUCAUUAUGAGAAGAAAGUCUACAUCCGGAUCACCUUCGACUCCUGGAAGACAUUCCAGGAUAUCUGUUGUCAGUAUAUGCACAAUACAUAUGGCUUUACAGACAUGGAUGCAUUUUCCUUCGAGGUGGCUCUACCCAAAACUACUCCUUCUGGUUCUGUUGAGUUCUGUAUCUCCUUCCAGUGUGGCCCAAAAGUCUACUGGGACAACAACCAAGGGAAAAACUACAGAAUACGCCAAGAGGUAGCUUCUUCCCCUCCUGGUGCCCUUUCACGGCUGGCAAAAAGCACCAUUGGGGCUGGGGAGCCAUUGGGGACCUCUCGGGCAGCAGCGUUGGUCUUUUCUCGCUUGCAGACCUGGCGGCGGUCAGAGAACCGUGACCCUUACUGGUAG